AUGAGCCAACUGGUCGCAUAUGACGUCUCUGUUGGAUGGCAGCUCUCGCUUCACCCCGUCAUCAACGGAACCCUUAUUCCCUACUCCUCUCCCCCACAUUCUUUCUCCGCGCGAGGAGGGAAGUGUUCUUCAGAGCACUUCUGCAUAGAUGCUGAUGGCAUGGCAGACGAUAUUCCGUGGAUAGAUUCCAUGGCCCCAUCAACUUCCGCGCAGGACCAUGCUGAUUCUCAGCCCCCGACGGUCGCUGCUUUUUCUCCUACUACCAUCUCCGGCUCAUCGCUGGCAUCCCGACAGCGCUCUAGCAUUAUCGUACAUCGCAAAUCUCCUCUCCUGGUCGCGACUCCUCCACCGAUCACUCGAGCCUUAGCCUACUCCCACCCCUUUAUCUUACCAUUGAAUAAGCUAGUAGGCUUAUUGACAUGGACCACCGACGAUGCAUGGCAAAGUUUCCUCCUGGUCUCAAUCUUCUGGACGAUCGUCCUCUAUGGUGACACCAUCAUUCUGUGGGCUGGCCCGCCCCUCGUGGUGAUCGGUCUCAUUCUAGGCAUGUAUUGGAGACGCUACUCCCCCUUAUCCACCAGAUCCAUAUCCGGAGAGAAACCAGGCCAUCAGAGAGCUCCCUCGGAGAGCUCCCUGCGCCAUCAUGACAGCCUCGAUGAGAUUGUUGAAACGAUGAGGGCAUUCACGACUCGCUGUAACAUGCUCCUGGAACCGUUUCUGGAACUCACAGAUUUUUUGUCUACCCAAAGGACAGCUACAUCCGCGACCACCAGACCGGCUCUGACCACACUCUUCUUCCGAAUUCUCUUUGUAACACCUAUCUGGAUCGCCCUGACUUUGCCUCCCUUGCAUCUCAUCACCACGCGUCGUGUUAUCUUGAUCAUUGGCACCAUUAUCCUCACCUAUCAUUCCCGACCAGCGAGGGUAUCCCGCGUUAUCCUGUGGAGAUCACUAACUGUCCGCCGGAUUUGCUCAUUGAUCACCGGCCUAUCAUUCUCAUUGAACGUGGACAAGACACCGUCGGCUCGGACACAAAGCCACGGGCAUGCCGCUAGCGUUGCAACCCGUCGACGGGGAGAAUCUUCCGGUGUGCGCUUUACUUUCAUUUUAUAUGAGAACCAACGGCGCUGGCUCGGAAUUGGCUGGACCUACUCGCUGUUCCCGUCCGAGCGUGCUGCAUGGACCGAUGAGCACCUCAACAAUGUGCCAUCAAAGGAUGAAUUUGAGCUACCCGAAGUACAAAGCGGGAACGCCAAGUGGCGCUGGGUAGAAGGGGGUGAAUGGCGCAUCGAUGGCGCCGAUGAUGCGAGCGCCAAAGAUGGCGGGGGCUGGAUCUACUACGACAAUAAGUGGAACGAUGGCCGUCGAGGCCAAGAUGGCUGGGACCGAUACACUCGUCGGAGAAAGUGGUGUCGCGAUGCUGAACUCGUUGAGGUCCCAUCGACCGCCGAUUCGACGUCGGCGGAGGCAACGUCCGGCUUAACCCAGGCGCUGGAGAAGGAGAGGGAGAAGAGAAGGGGAUCCGGAACCCUUGACGCUUCAACAGUCGAUGCUGAUUCCGAGAGUCUCGCCGGGUCAACCUCCAAAGCACGGAGACGACGCUGGUUUGGGAAUUCGAAGACUGUAAGCGACAAAACCAGCAGCAUCUCCUCCUCCACACUACCAGCCUCCAACAAUAACUCGUCCGUAGAUCUCGGAAGAAUAACCCCUGCUACUAGUUCCAGCCGCCCCGGCAAAAUCGCCUCCAGGCCGAUUAGCAUUCCGUCCUCGCAGAAGCUGUCGUCCAGCUACUCCAGCGGGAGCGGCAGUUUGGGUCGGGAAGGAAGCGUCCAUGGCAGUGCAGCCCAUAGCGAUAAGAGUGCACGAGACAAGGAGAUCGCACACUCGCAAGACCGCUUGGAUCGCUGGGGUUCACGCGCUGCAGGGGGCAUUGAGAGGGCAGAGCGGGAGAUGGGGUUAGGUGACGAAGUCAAUAUGGGGUUAAGUUAG